AGCGGAGCGGAGCGUUCGCUGAAGCCUGUACGCGCGCGCGCCGCUUUCCAGGAGCGGGGCAGCCCCGGCUCCGCGGGGGCGUUGCUGCGCGGCGCCUCCCGUUGUUCGCACGCCCCCCCCCCCUCGGCCCGGCCCCAGCCCCAGCCCCAGCCCCGCCCCCCGGGGGGCUGACUAGCGAGACCCGGGCCGUGAUGAAUUAACUCUCCGCGUUUUCCUGCGGGGGCAGCGGCCGCCCCCGAGCCGCGAGCGCCAGCCCGGAGAGCCCCGCUGCUCUGCCGCCUGCCGAUCGGAUCCCAGAUGGCCAAUUCCCUGAAUGGCCGGAACCCAGGUGGCCGAGGAGGAAACCCCCGCAAAGGGCGUAUUCUGGGCAUCAUAGAUGCUAUUCAGGAUGCUGUGGGGCCCCCCAAGCAAGCAGCUGCUGACCGCAGAACUGUGGAGAAGACUUGGAAGCUAAUGGACAAAGUGGUCAGACUAUGCCAAAAUCCCAAACUUCAGUUGAAAAACAGCCCACCUUACAUACUUGACAUUUUACCAGACACUUAUCAACAUUUGCGACUUAUACUGGGCAACUGUGACGACAACCAGAAACUUGCACAACUCAGUGAGAAUGAAUAUUUUAAAAUCUACAUUGACAGUCUCAUGAAAAAAUCAAAACGGGCUAUAAGACUCUUUAAAGAAGGCAAGGAGCGGAUGUAUGAGGAACAGUCUCAGGACAGGCGAAACCUUACAAAGCUGUCUCUGAUCUUCAGCCACAUGCUUGCGGAAAUCAAAGCAAUAUUUCCUAAUGGCCAAUUCCAGGGUGACAACUUCCGUAUCACAAAAGCAGAUGCUGCAGAAUUCUGGAGAAAAUUUUUUGGAGACAAAACUAUAGUGCCAUGGAAAGUGUUCCGGCAGUGCCUUCAUGAGAUUCAUCAGAUAAGCUCUGGUUUGGAAGCAAUGGCUCUUAAGUCUACCAUUGACUUGACCUGCAAUGACUACAUUUCAAUUUUUGAAUUUGAUAUCUUCACUAGACUAUUUCAGCCUUGGGGUUCAAUCUUAAGGAACUGGAACUUCUUAGCUGUGACACACCCUGGGUAUAUGGCAUUCCUAACAUAUGAUGAAGUCAAAGCAAGGUUACAGAAAUACAGCACCAAACCUGGGAGCUACAUUUUCAGACUGAGUUGCACUCGACUGGGGCAGUGGGCCAUUGGAUACGUAACUGGUGAUGGAAACAUUUUGCAGACUAUACCUCACAACAAGCCUUUAUUUCAAGCUCUAAUUGAUGGCAGCCGGGAGGGAUUCUAUCUGUACCCAGAUGGACGAAGUUAUAAUCCUGAUCUGACAGGAUUAUGUGAACCUACUCCACAUGAUCACAUAAAAGUUACACAGGAACAAUAUGAAUUGUACUGUGAAAUGGGUUCCACUUUCCAGCUGUGUAAAAUCUGUGCAGAGAAUGAUAAAGAUGUGAAGAUUGAGCCUUGUGGACAUCUCAUGUGCACUUCGUGUCUUACAGCAUGGCAGGAAUCCGAUGGUCAGGGCUGUCCUUUCUGCCGAUGUGAAAUCAAAGGAACUGAACCAAUAAUUGUAGACCCUUUUGAUCCAAGGGAUGAAAACUCCAGGUGCUGCAGUAUUAUAGAUAGUUUUAGUAUGCCCAUGCUAGACUUGGACGAUGAUGAUGACAGAGAAGAAUCUUUAAUGAUGAAUCGGUUGGCUUCAGUACGAAAGUGCAAUGAAAGACAGAAUUCACCAGUGACUUCUCCAGGAUCCUCUCCACUUACACAGAGAAGAAAGCCACUUCCAGACCCCCUGCAAAUUCCCCAUCUUAGUCUCCCACCGGUGCCUCCUCGUCUGGAUCUCAUUCAGAAGGGGGUAGCACGGUCACCUUGUGCCAGCCCUACUGGCUCACCAAAGUCUUCUCCAUGUAUGGUGAGGAAACAAGAUAAACCCCUCCCAGCACCACCACCUCCCUUGCGAGAUCCUCCUCCACCUCCACCUGAGAGGCCCCCUCCUAUCCCGCCGGACAACAGGAUAAGUAGACAUUUGCAUCAUCCUGAAAGUGUGCCUUCCAGAGACCAGCCUGUGCCACUUGAAGCCUGGUGCCCCAGAGAUGUGUUUGGGACAAGUCCAUUAAUAGGAUGUCGAAUCCUAAAUGACAGUUCCCCCAAACCAGGACUUACUGCAAGUUCGAAUAUAAACGGAAGGCACAACCGAAUGGGUUCUGACCCAGGAUUUAUGAGAAAACAUAGACGCCAUGAUUUGCCUUUAGAAGGUGCCAAGGUAUUUUCAAAUGGCCAUCUAGGAAAUGAAGAAUAUGAUGUCCCUCCUCGACUUUCUCCCCCUCUCAUAGCUGCCUCCAUCCUCCCUAGUAUUAAAUGUGUCAUUCCUGUAACAAAUUCCGACAAAUCGAGGGAGCAUGUAGAAGAAGAUGAGUACAAGAUUCCUUCAUCCCAUCCUGUAUCCCUGAGCUCCCAACCACCUCACUGUCAUAAUAUAAAACCUCAUAUUAGGGUGUGCGAGAAUGGUCAGUGUGCUGGUAUAAUGAAUGGAACACACAAUGCUGCUUCAGAGAUGAAGAAAUCCAAAACCCCGGAGUUAGGAGAUGCCUUUGAUGCAUCCACUGCUCCAGUAUCUUUACCACCUGCACGGCCUCCUACCAGAGACAACCCAAAACACAGCUCUUUGCUCAACAGGACGCCCUCCGACUAUGAUCUUCUGGUGCCCCCUUUAGGCGAAGAUGCAUUUGACAACUCCCCACCAUCACUUCCUCCACCUCCACCUCCUGCUCGGCACAGCCUCACUGAGCAUUCCAAACCUCUGGGCUCAGGAAGCAGACCCUCUUCAGGACAUGAACUGUUCCUUCCUCCUUCGGAUCUCUUUUUUGAUCCGGCUACUAGUGUAAUUCCUCUGCCUCCUGCUCGAAGAUUAACAGUGGAAAAUGUCAAAAUUAAUAGAACAUCCCAGGACUAUGAUCAGCUUCCAUCCAUCUCAGCAGAUGGUUCACAAGCACCAGCCAGACCCCCUAAACCACUUCCUCGCAGGACUGCACCAGAAAUCCAUCACAGAAAAGCAUACAACUCUGACACCUCCUUGGAAAAUGUGGAUGCAAAAAUUGCAAAACUUAUGGGAGAAGGGUUUUCUUUUGAAGAAGUGAAGAGGGCACUUGAAAUAGCCCAGAAUAAUGUUGAUGUGGCUCGUAGUAUUUUAAGAGAGUUUGCCUGCUUUCCUCCUCCAGUCUCCCCACGUCUCAAUCUAUAGCAGCAUGCAAGUCCCUGCAGUAGAUGAAUUCCAUGGAUGUGUGUGUGUGGAACUGAGAGCAAGAGAGAGAAUUUGAGAGAGAAGUUUUCUUCUCUUGUCAUCCUUAGAAGAGGGUCUGUUUCCAGCAGUUUAUCAGAGGAAGAUGGCUGCUCUGAUCAAGACUCAUAGAUGGGCCAAGGCUUCUGUAUUUUUGCUAGCCAUACUUUUAAAAUCAGGGUUGAACUGACAAAAUUAUUUUAAGAAGUUUACUUCCCUUGAACUUUGAAUCUGUGAAAUGCUUUUUUUCUUGUUUACAAGUUGGCAAGUUGACACUUGUACUGUGUUCCUGUUUAGAUUCCCUUGUACGGUGGUCAGUUCAGCUGUAGCAUUUGCCACAUUUUCCAUGCUGACCACCUCAUCAACUAAAUCAUUUUUUCCAGAAGCUCUGUAUUUCCAUUUCUCCUUUUAUAAGAGGCUUUAAUGUUUUUUGCAUUUCAACUUAUCAAACAAAUGCAAAAAAAAAAAAGUAUGUGGCCUUCACUACUGAGUGUUUUCUUCUGAGAUUGCUUUGUUAUUGAGAGAGGAAAAACUGAAUGUAUAAUGCAUUAUUUUUUGUCUAUGAACUGCCUUUUUAAAGGUAUUUUGACAGUGACAUUGGGCAGCUUUUCUUUUUAUUAUGGAUUGUGUUACCUAUAGUCUUCAAGGUCUUGAUCCAUGUAGUUUCCAGUUUAAAAAAACACACAUGCAGUAAUGAACCUAAGAACAUGACAUAUGACAACUUUUAAAAAUGUGAAUGCAGAUGUUGAUGUACUUAAGUUACAUACCAAGGGCACCUGUUGUUCAUGCCUUAGGUAUCCUUAGGCAUACUGAAUUAUGGGGAAUCUUGCUGAAUUAUGUUAAUGAUCAGGUAAAUUACAGUCCUGUCUUCUGCAUAGUGGAUGACAGUUAAUUUCCUGUUUGAGUGAUUGUCCUCUGGUUCAUCAUGGCUUUAGGGACCAGUUCAUAUUGACAUGGGAACUUUAAAUCUUUGAUGCACUGUUAAGUCCUAAUGCUACUGUAGGAAUACUUUUUACAAAGCUCUUUAGUAAUCUUUCUGUUCACACUAUUGCAUUAGACUGUUUCAUACUCAAAUUCACUAUCCCUGCAUAGAUGGAAACAUCUUGGAUCUCUUUGCCAUGGGUGGAACAGUGUUACCUCAGUCUGAUUUUUUUUUUUUAAUUUAAAGCACAGAUUGAUGCAAGCCAAAUCAAGUCCUUUGUUUUUUGUUCUUACUGGACUCUCAAAUUAAGAGUCCAGACUUUCCACAGUAAUUCUCAUAUUGCUGCUUUCCUGUUCUUGUGGAAAACACUGAAAUUCUCUUUUUUCCACUCCUCUUACUGUUGAACAGAUGAACCAUGUGGAGGGUAGAGUAGUUCCAGUAUUUUAAAAUAUGGCCAGUACAUGAUCUUGCAAGUUGUGAUAAACUUAGGUUGUGGUAUAUAUUUAUUUCCUUUUUAUCUUUCGGUUUUCUCCUUUACUCAUGGCAAGUUGUAAAAGUUACACCACUUAGAAGAUCAGAUCUCAGCGACAAAUGGAUUUAUUUUAAAGAUUUAAGGGCAACCAAACAUCUCAAGUAAGGAAUUCAAAGUCACAGAGAAAACCCAGUGGAAAUUACCAUUAUAUGUCUAGACUUCCAUUUCAUUAACAGCUUAUUUUUUUAAAAGAAAGAAAUCAUUCCUUUUCAGGAUCACAAAGCAUGGCAUGAUGGCCAUCAUUAAUCUGCCUUGGUCCAGUGAAACAAGAUGAUCAGAGGUAUUUGAGCUACAGGAAUGAGUUUCUGUUCUAUUUCAAUCUAAGCACAUGAUUUCAUGUACUAGAAAAGGGCAUUUGCAGCUUCCUUUCAGUGUUCAUUCUUUGGGUAGGGAUAAUAAAAGCUUUUGGCUGAAGUUUUACUCAGUGCUCUCUGUUUAAGUAAAUCCCCCUCUUUAUUUUUUUUGGCACAAAGUAUGCUGUUUUCAGCUCCUUUAAUUGGUUUCUUUCCUGCAUCAUAUUGAUAACAUUCUAGUAUUUCAGCCAAAUAUAAAUUCAAAAUGAUACAUGCUGUUAAGGUAAAUGUUGCAAUUUUAUUAGAAUUGCUUAAUUAUAGCUCUAACAUAACUGCCAGUAAUAGCAACGAUGGAAAAAAAUGCAUUGCACGGAGAAGCAAACCAUCUGCAGACCAUGUGUUUGAAUUUCCAGUCAUAUUGGAUAAAACGGGCACAGAUGCUCUCGUUUUCUAAAUUUUAUUCAGGAGUUUAUAAUAAAUGACACCACCAUGUUUCAAUUAAGAAGCAAGAAGAACAGUCAUGUAAAAUAUUUUUAAAUUAUUUCUACACAAGCUCUUUCUAAUUUUUUUUAAAUAGCAUUCCCAGCCUGUUUGGCAUGACUUGUUUUUUGGACAUGUGUUUAAAAACCUUUAUAAUGUAAUAGCAUAGGUAGUGGCUUUACACUCUGAAAAUUCCAUUCAGAUUGGCAGAGGCCCUGGGUUUUUUUGCCUUCCUCUGUAGCGUGAGGCACGGGUCACUUGGUGGAGGAUUCUCUGCACCUUGAAGUCUUUAAACCAUGAUUUGAGGACUUCAGUGGCUCAGAUAUAGGUUAGGGGUUUAUUACAGGAGUGAGUGGGUGAGAUUCUGUGGCCUGUGUUGUGUAGGAGGUUGGACUAGAUGAUCAUAAUGGUCCCUUCUGACCUUAAAGUCUAUGAUUUGCUUUAUCGUCUAAAGAUCAUAGAAUCAGACACUCUUACAUAAUGGAAUAUGAGAUGCCUCAGACCUGUUUCAGUUAAUAGCUUUAAAGCCAAAUUAAGUGAAAUUGCCUUGCUAGACUGUCGAUGUUUACUGCACAGGACUUAAUGGGCUUGAGAGGGGUAAAUCUGACAAUAAUUUGAUUCCCUAAAAUGUCUUUAACAAUUUAAAAAAUAAAGGUUUAAUCUUGCAAAUGCCUGUGAACAUAUGUAACUUUAAGCACACAACUGACUGUAGUGGGUAUACUCGAAUGAACGAAGUUGCUCAAAUGCUUGUGUAUGUAAAAGUGGGGCUUAUGGAUGUAUUUUCUAUAAUAGACUCCUUUAGACCAUCAUGCCAACAUCUGCAUUUAUUUCCUUGAUGCAGAAUUGCUGCAUUUUAAACAGAUUUGCUGAAUCUAAAGGAGAGCAAUACUAAUGAACAUCAGCAGCAUGGAUCCAUUCCAAAGAUGAUAGGUUAAAAACUGAAACUGCACUGAAAUAAAUUAAUUCCAUGUGAUUAACCAAUUAAUGCGCUGGCUAGAAUGGAAACCUAAAAUGGCCACUGAUCAAAUGGGUCAGUGUUUCAUAAUCCAAGUGCACAUCUGGCAAAGACUUUUUCAUAAAGUGAAUUCAGAUUUUUGAAUCCAAAUCAUUUCCUCUCAUAAUUUUAGCUUGAAGCUUUACUUUGCACUGAUUAUUCUGAACUGGUAACCAUUUGAAUUUGUGUCUUAAAGCUGGACAAAUCUGGAAGCAGAUGAAUGGUGUAUUUUAAACGGAUUCAGGUACUGCUUCUUGACCUGGAAUUUAGUGCUUCUAGGAAUGAUUUCCUGAAAAGGACUGCAAUAGUUUCCAUUUUGAAGGGUUUUCUUCCAAAUAACUAUUUUAUCAGAAAAUGCCUUUUAUAAACUUGUCUAACGUGAUAAA